CGUCACACAGGUCCUUCCUCCUCUCCUCACACAGGUCACAUGAUGGUGACAUCACACAGGUCCUGUGCUCCUCCUGAUGCCUGCAGGUCCUGUGUGUGUUGGAGAUUCCUUAUUCUCUGGACCUUGUAUACAGAGGAGAUAGAGAUAUAUAUAUGUGACAGUCACUGCUGAGCUGCGUUACAUUGUGUUGGUGCAGUGUUAGCUCCGCCCCAUAUGACUGUAUUACACAUGUAUGUCGGUGACUGCGGCUGUAGCGGUGUUGGCGGUUGUAUUGUCCUCCAUGGGAUAUAACCAGUGUUAUCCGCCAUUACUAAUACACCCCAGUUGUCUCCUCUUCCCCUGAAUGACCCCAAGGAUGGAGAAGGACAGGAAUGAGAUGACUAAGAGAAUAUUACACUUCACCUUGGAGAUCCUCCACCUGCUGACCGGAGAGGAAUAUACCAUAGUGAAGAAGACAUCGGGGGAGUGUGUGGCCCCCAGCAGCCAUCUCCAUGAGUCAGGAGGACAGAGCAGGGCCCGGGGCCCCAUCACGGAGCCUCCACCUCACUCACUGCUACAUGAGGAGAAGAUCCUAGAACUCAUACACAGGAUCACUGAGCUGCUUACUAGAGAGGUUCCUAUAAGGUGUCAGGAUGUGGCGGUCUAUUUCUCCAUGGAGGAGUGGGAGUAUGUAGAAGGACACAAGGAUCUGUACCAGGACAUAGUCAUGAUGGAGGAUCACCGGCCCCGCACAUCACAAGAUGGAGUCAUGGAUAGAAAUCCACCCGAGAGGUGUCCCCGUCCUCUGUAUUCCCAGGACUGUUCAGAGGGAAAUGUCCCAGAGAACCAUCAGGGUGAAGAUCUGAUGGAUAUUAAGGUUGAGGUUAUAGAUGAAGAAGAGGAAGAGACGGGUGUCAUGGCCGAUCAGCAGUGUAAGGAGGAGGAGACGGGUGUCAUGGCCAAUCAGUGGGAUGGAGUCAUGGAUAUGAAUUAUCCAGAGAGGAUGAGCGGCCAUCACCCGUGUAUGAGGGAAGUGCAGGAGGAAAUUCCAGGAGGUGUUACCCCAGAAAAUCACAAUAACCUGGCAUUAUCCCUAAAUUCUACAGAAGAUGUCAUGGAGCGCUCCACAGAAGACCUCCUCAGCCUGACUGUCCCCUCAGGACUAUACAGGACAGAUUUACUAUAUUAUCCUCCUGAUCCUGAGGAACCUCCUGACCCAUCACAUAUUGUUACCCCAAAGGCCGAUCGUAAAGGGAGUAAAAGGUUUCAAUGUGAUGAAUGUGGAAAACAGUUUACAAAAAGAUCAGAUCUUUUGACACACAGAAGCCUUCACACAGGGGAGAGGCCGUAUUCAUGUUUUCAUUGUGGGAAAUGUUUUGCCCAGAAAACAAUUCUCGUUCAACAUCAGCAAAUUCACACACAAAAGGGACCAUAUCCAUGUUCAGGAUGUGGUAAAAGUUUUUCAUGGAAAUCACAUCUUAUAAAACAUGAGAGAAGUCACACAGGGGAGAAGCCGUUUCCAUGUUCAGAAUGUGGGAAAUGUUUCAUUAGUAAAGACAAACUCAGGGUUCAUCAGCGAUUUCACACGGGAGAAAGGCCGUAUUCAUGUUCAGAAUGUGGAGAACGUUUUAUAGAAAAAUCUAUUCUUGUUAGACAUGAGAAGAAUCACACAGGGGAGAGGCAGUUUUCAUGUUCAGAAUGCGGGAAAUGCUUUACGUGGAAAUCGCAUCUUGACAAACACGAGAGAAGUCACACGGGAGAGAAGCCAUUUCCGUGUUCAGAAUGUGGGAAAUGUUUUAUUUCUAAAGACAAACUCAAGGGUCAUCAAAGAAUUCACACAGGAGAGAGACCAUUUACCUGUUCAGAAUGUGGGAAAUGUUUUACAGAAAAAUCUAAUCUUGUUACGCACGAGAGAAGUCACAGAGGAGAGAAGCCGUUUUUAUGUUCAGAAUGUGGGAAAUGUUUUACAGACAGAUCAAGUCUUGUUAGACAUGAACGAGUCCACACUGGGGAGAAGCCGUAUUCAUGUUCAGAAUGUGGGAAAUGUUUCACAGAAAAAACAAAUCUUAUUACACAUGAGAGAAGUCACACAGGGGAGAAACCGUUUUCAUGUUCCCUGUGUGGGAAAUGUUUUACAGAAAAAUCGAGUCUUGUUAGACAUGAAAGAGUUCAUACAGGGGAGAAGCCAUAUUCAUGUUCACAAUGUGGGAAAUGUUUUAUAACUAAAGCCAGACUCAAGGAUCAUCAAAGAAGUCACGUUCAUGGUCAGUAGUGGGGGGGGGGAUGUUUUACAGACUAAUUGGGUCAGUAUUUUAUAUUUGUAUUGCUUCGCCAAAACAAGGUGUAAAACACAAAGUGCUGAAUAAAUGUAUAAUGGAAAAGUCUGGGUCUGU